AUGGGUCAGACCUUGUCAGAGCCAGUCGUCGAAAAGACUUCUUCCGAGGGCGAAGAUGAGUGCUGCAUCUACGGUGUUUCGGCCAUGCAAGGCUGGCGAAUUAGCAUGGAGGAUGCCCAUGCCGCCAUCCUAGACCUCAAUGCGAAGUUCACGACGCCCCAAGAUCAACCGACCGAUCCCGCGAAACGAAUGGCCUUCUUCGGAGUAUACGACGGGCACGGUGGAGAUAAAGUCGCCCUCUUUGCGGGAGAGAAUCUCCACAAGAUUGUCGCAAAGCAAGAUUCGUUCGAGAAAGGCGAUAUCGAGCAGGCCUUGAAGGAUGGCUUCCUCGCCACCGACCGGGCUAUCUUGGAAGAUCCGAAAUAUGAGGAAGAGGUCUCGGGCUGUACCGCAGCGGUCAGCGUCAUCUCCAAGCACAAGAUCUGGGUGGCCAAUGCUGGUGACUCCCGUUCGGUUCUUGGGGUCAAGGGCCGCGCAAAGCCCCUUUCGUUCGACCACAAGCCACAGAAUGAAGGCGAGAAAGCUCGGAUCAGCGCCGCCGGAGGCUUCGUCGAUUUUGGCCGUGUGAAUGGCAACCUGGCCCUCUCCCGAGCCAUUGGAGAUUUCGAAUUCAAGAAGAGCCCGGAGCUGUCUCCCGAGCAGCAGAUCGUGACCGCCUAUCCCGACGUGACGGUUCACGAGCUCACCGACGAUGAUGAGUUCCUGGUCAUUGCCUGUGACGGUAUCUGGGAUUGCCAGUCUUCUCAGGCCGUCAUUGAAUUCGUCCGCCGUGGUAUCGCAGCCAAACAGGACCUCUACCGCAUCUGCGAGAACAUGAUGGACAACUGCCUGGCCUCCAACAGUGAGACCGGUGGGGUGGGGUGCGACAACAUGACCAUGGUCAUCAUCGGCCUGCUGAACGGCCGCACCAAGGAGGAGUGGUACAACCAGAUCGCCGAGCGCGUGGCUCAAGGCGACGGCCCCUGCGCGCCGCCCGAAUAUGGCAAGUCUCUUGAGGAAUCCACGGCCUCCAAACCCUACUGA